AUGGGAUCUCCUGGAAGCAAACUGACAGAAGACAAAGAACAAGACUACACCCCGUCCAGAUACAAGCUCCUCCGCAUCGUCACUAAUGCCCAGAAGUUCAUGCAAUGCUGUUGGCCAUGCAGGACAAAGAUCUCAGGUGAGGAGAAGCCAGUGAACAAAGAGCUACAAGAGAGGGCCAAACGUCUCAAAAUCAGAAAUGAACUCAGACAGAACGGGCUGGGAGUGGCCACAUCUGUGAAGACUGCAAACUUGUCUCAGCACGGUGCCUCUGGGGUAUCGAGUUUUGCUCCAGAGAUCAAAACCAAAUCCGACUCUGCAACCAUUUCAAGAGCAGCUUCUCAGGCCAGUAUUGCAUCUGCACUUGAGCAGGUGAAAGAGAUCCUGGAUGAAGCAGAAGUAACAGUUGCCCGAUCUUCCAGCCUGAGCAAAGAUGAGGCUGAGGUUCUUGUAAGCAAACUGAGUUAUAAGAGUGAAGCGGAUGCAGUGUCUAUCUACUCCAUGAUGUUGGACGAGAUGGAUGAAAUCCGACACAGAAACUCUCUGGACUCUGAUGAGCGUAACGUAAGCGCUGAUAUAGAAAAGAUGGAGAAAGAGGCUGCCUGUCAUUUGGAGAAGUUGGUGUCCAUGCCUAAUGACAUCCAAGAGGGAUGUCAUCAGAAAUUGUCCCAGGACAUCUCCAAUGGACAACACAAGGAUGUGAAUGAGGCGCUUCAACAGGUCGUUGUGCACAACAUGAGCCCCAGAAACUCUAUUGGAGCCUGGAAAUUUGGCAGAAAGAAAAACUGCAAAAAGUCCUCUGUAUGUCCACGGACCCCCAGACCCACUAUACAGGCACACGCUAUACCCCUCCCCACCCAACAACUGCAGAAUGUGGUGGGAGACAGACCACAUCAGAUCCUUGGCUUAUGA